AUGUGUUUACAUCAUUUAGGUGGUGAUGGACCUAAACGUCUUGAACUGGAAGAUAUACGUGAACAUUAUCAAUUACAUUCACGUGUUAAAUUAUUAGGAAGUUUACAACCACAUGAAGUUCGAUCUGUUUUAAUCCAAGGAGACAUUUUUCUGAAUACAUCACUCACAGAAGCAUUUUGUAUAGCAAUUAUUGAAGCAGUUUCUUGUGGUCUUAUGGUUAUCAGUACGGCAGUAGGUGGACUCCCUGAAGUACUACCAGAACACUUCAUUCGACUUGCUCCAGCGAAAGCUUCUGAGCUAGCCUCCGUUGUCGCUGAUUCAAUCAUUCAAGUUCGUCAACUACGUAAAAAUUCAAAGUUAACAAAUGAUAUGAAUGAGUCUUGUGAUCACUUAACCUCAGAUAAGUCAGAAGUAUGUAGACCUCCCAAUCCUUUAUGUCGAUUUUCACUAGCAACGAAUGCGUUGAAAUAUAUCGAUGGUACUGAAUACCAGUGUAAUUCAAUUACUGAUCAUUGUUGGCAUAUGCACAAAUGGAUACGUGGUACAUAUUCAUGGCCUAAAGUUGCUAAACGUACAGAAAAAGUCUAUUCUGCUGCUAUGUCCAGACCAACUGUAUCAUUACGGAAGAGAAUAACCAGGUUAUAUCAACUUGGACCAUUCACAGGGAAACUGACUUUUUUCAUAGCCCUAUUACAUUGGCUUUUUCUUCAGUUUUUGUGUUGGAUUCGACCUGAACAGAUGAUUGAUAUUCUUCCUUCGAUUGACACACCAAUUGAAGACUUCAGUGACAAUGAUCAAGAGGAUUCGUCAAUCCACAAGAGCGAUACUGUUCAUUAGUAGUAGUAUUAUUCAAAAGUGCAGGUAUACUUAACACACACACACACACAUGACCUUUCUAUGUAAAUAUUGGUUUAUUAAUAUUAAAAAUGUAAAACUCCCAGUGUAAUUUAUUUGAAUUACUUUUAUAAACUUCAUCUCUGCUUGAAUUGAUA